AAUGUAAAUGGUUUCUUUGUCUCUCUCGCUUUCUCAUUGAACCCUAGCCGUAUUCGUCUUCCUCUUCCUCGAGCGCCUCCAUCAUUCCAGCCAUUUUCUACUAAGUACCCACUUCAUCUACUCCGCCCCUUUCGUGUACGACAACAAUCUCAUCACCAUCCCUUUCAUUUUCUGGAUUCGAUCCCCUUCCUGUUCUUGCCUCCAUCAUUGAGUGGGUGCCUCACAAUCACAAUAAACUCAUAUCUUCUCUCUGUCUUCAGCGGAACAAAAAUCGAUAUCACUCAAGCUUGAUUCACCAUUGUUCAAGUUCAACUUAGAGAGGAAGUAAUUGCUCUGUCUUGCAUUUUCUUGAGGUUUCUUGAAUUUUCAUAGUUUGUCACAGAGAGAAGAGAAUGAACAAAGGUGGACCAGGCGGCAGUGGGCCCACUACGGCAGCGGCUGCAGCUGCGGCUCAGAAGCAGAAGACAUUGUUGCAGAGAGUGGAAGGUGAUAUUGCCAACAUUGUUGACAAUUUCAGCCAACUUGUCAAUGUUGCCAGGGUAAAUGAUCCACCUGUUAGGAAUUCACAAGAGGCUUUUAUGAUGGAAAUGCGAGCUGCUAGGAUGGUCCAAGCUGCUGACUCUCUACUUAAAUUGGUGUCAGAGCUGAAGCAGACUGCAAUAUUUUCAGGAUUUGCUUCUCUUAAUGACCAUGUAGAACAAAGAAAGGUUGAGUUUAACCAACUGGCAGAAAAAACAGACCACACACUGUCUAGGAUUGGAGAGGAAGCUGCAGCUAGCCUUAAAGAACUCGAAUCCCAUUAUUCUUCUUCUGCGCAAAAGACUAUUCAAGAUAUACAACAACCAUAAUUGACACAAUGGUUAUAGUUGUCACUGUCUGACGAUGAGGUUUUAGGAUCAAGUUGUGGAAUCAGAUUUUUGCAAAUAUAAGACAAGGCUGCCUACAACAUAUUUUCAGUGUGAUUUGCAAUAGAGUUAAAAUUUAUAUAUUUUCCAUGUUUGUAGUUCAUUAUAUGGAAAUGUUAUUCCGUUAUAUCGAAAAUGGAAAGCAACCUAGCCUUAGACAUUCUAAAUACAUGAAUAUUGAUUGUAGUUAUGCACUCAUAUUUGUGAAUUUGUGAAUAUGUGAACAUGUUUGCUUUAAGAUUAAAAUAACUAAUAAAAUAUACACUUGUCAA